AUUAAUUUCUCUUUAUGUUGAAAACCGCAUCUCAGCAUCUGAUCUGCUGUUAAUGCGGUCUGUCGAGUAGUCAAUGAGUAUGGCAGCGAUUAGAAACAAACCGAGUUUGAACCUGCUGACUCGGUUCCUCCACAGGCGAACUUUACAAACCCUAGCUUUCGAAGAGGUCCAAUCUUCUUCCUCGGCUUCAACAGCUUUUAUACUCCACGGCCUCUUAGGGUCCGGCCGCAACUGGCGUUCCUUCUCUCGCAAUCUCUCUUCUUCUUUAUCCUCUGAAUGGAGAACGGUGCUUGUGGAUUUGAGAAACCACGGGAAAUCAGCUGAUAUCGAAACGCUUAGCCCGCCUCAUGACAUGUAUAAUGCUGCUAAAGAUUUAAGCAAUUUGAUUGUCUCAAAAGGUUGGGAUUGGCCUGAUGUUGUUGUUGGCCAUUCUAUGGGAGGCAAAGUUGCUCUCCAGUUUGCUCUCAGCUGUGCUCGUGGCGAUUAUGGUCAUUCCGUUUCAUUGCCUAAACAGCUUUGGGUUUUGGAUUCUGUCCCUGGAGAAGUGAGCCCUGAAAGUAGCGAUGGAGAUGUAGAGAAAGUUUUGAAGACCUUGCAGGGUUUACCUCCAUCCGUGCCUUCACGCAGGUGGCUUGUGAACCAUAUGAUCGAGCUUGGGUUCUCAAAGUCCUUAUCGGAAUGGUUAGGUAGCAAUCUUAAGAAAUCUGGAGAACAAGAGACAUGGGCUUUUAAUCUUGAAGGAGCUAUCCAAAUGUUUAAUUCUUACAGGGAGACAUCUUAUUGGUCUCUGUUGGAGCAUCCACCAAAGGGAAUGGAGAUAGGUAUCGUGGUUGCAGAGAAGAGUGACCGUUGGCAACCAGAUGUAAUUGAGCGACUUGAACGCCUUGCAAACAGGGAAGGAAGUGAAACUGAGGGUAAGGUAUCACUUCACGUUCUGCCAAAUUCUGGGCAUUGGGUUCAUGUAGAUAAUCCAAAAGGUCUUCUUGAGAUUGUAGCACCUAAGCUUGCAUCCCUUUCAACAUAAGUUCAAUGAUUAGUGGCAUUAUUUUGCUCUUAUUGUUGAAUCCUUGUACUGUUGUGAUCAUAUUGUAAUUCAACAUCUUGAAAAGAUCAUUUGUUUUUUUAAGUAAAUUUUUAUUCUUUCACUUUGCAAUCGCGGAUAAAGGAAUGGAGGUGUUCAAGUCCGUGUUCUCCAGUUGUGAAACAAUGCUAAGCUGUCCGAAGAAGCAUGGUUCUAGCCUUUGCCAUUGUGGUGCAAGCUUUCAACUUUUUUGCAUUUAAUUUGUAGCUUAAUCAUGGCAUUUGUGAUGAUGGUGAGAUGGAACUAAUCGAAUAAGUGGUGUGCUUUAGCUA